AAGCGCAGUCCAUGUACUGCCCGUGAUUUUCGCUGUGUGAUUCAAGCUGUUUUAUGGAUCUAAAUACUCAAAUUGGACCGCAAUGGACGUUAAUUCGAGACCCACCGGUGUAGCGCACAUAACCGGCAGCUGUAUUUACACGGCGGGUUCUCUCGUAUCAAGUCGGUAGGUUGCUAACGGCAACGGUGCUGCCAGCUAACGGAGCAGCGCCGAGGAGAUGAAGCAGCCAAGCUAACGUUAUUACAGAUGAGAGUUUUCUUCGGGCAUAUUCUUUAAACAGGACCACGUUUCUGGAAUGCCUUUCUCCAAAAAAUGCUCCGUGUUUAAAGUGGUGCUCAGUGCCCUGCUGAUAGUAGCGCUGCUGCAGCUCAUCUAUCUGUCGUUCCUCUCGAAGCUUCACGGCAAGGAGCAGCGCUACAGGUAUUCAGAACUGUUUGGGUCCAAAAAGAACCCUCACCUGGGAGAAAAGAACACCAAGAAAGAGCGACUGAGGUAUUCUUUGUCCAGCGGGGGGAUCUUCGACAACAGUGGUCAGUAUCGCAUUUAUAAAAACCUAAUCAAAAGCGAUUUCUCGACCAGUCAGAAGCCAGGAGCUGACCCGAGGUCUCACCACCUGUCCUUGGCCACCCACACCACCAUCAACAACCUCCAUCACCUGGACUCUCUGCUUGAACGCUGGCGCAACCCCCUUUCCAUUGCCAUAUUUGCUCACGGCCAGGAUGUCCGGUUUGCCACAGCCCUUGUGUAUGCCCUCAGCCUCUUCUGCCCACAAGUCCAAGAACUGGUGGACUUCCACCUGGUCUGCCACUCUGAGGAGACAGCCAGCUUUCCAGAGCAAGACAGAGAGCACUUUGCUGGCCUUGAGGAGCAGGGGUGCCCCGGUGUGUUUGCGAAGCUCGAGUCCCACAGGGACAAGUACAAAAACUAUGCCAUUGGGAGCAACGUCUCCUACCCCAACAACCUCCUCCGAAACGUGGCUCGCACUGGCACCGAUGCUGCCUAUGUCCUGGUCAUUGACAUCGACAUGGUGCCCAGUGCGGACUUACACCAUCAGUUUGUGACUAUGCUGAUGAGACGUGAGCCGCCCCAGGAUGAGGUCCUGGUUCUGCCUGCCUUCGAAAUCAGACACACACGCAAAAUGCCAGCUUCCAAGGCAGAACUAGUGCAGCUGUAUCAAGUCGGCGAGGUGAGGCCCUUCUACGAGGAACUGUGCUCACGAUGCCAGGCCCCCACUAACUACUCUCGAUGGAUUAAUCUAGCCGCCAAGAGCUCUGGGCCUUUGGAGGUAGCAUACACCCUGAAUUGGGUCGACCCGUGGGAGCCUUUCUACAUUGGGGCCAAAACAGUGCCCCUGUACGAUGAGAACUUCAAGCAGUACGGCUUCAACCGCAUCAGCCAGGCCUGUGAGCUUCACAUUGCUGGAUUCAGGUUCUCUGUCGUAAGUAACGCCUUUGUGGUGCACAGAGGCUUUAAGGUCCAGGGAGAGUUCCACAGCCGCAAAGACGAGGAGAACCGCAGGAACCGGCUGCUCUUCCGCAGCUUCAAGGAGGGUCUGAAGACCAAGUACCCCAACUCCCCUCGCCGCUGCUAAGGACUGAACACACACCUUACAUAAAGGCACAAAUGUCUGGGGUUAAGACGAAUAUCUGUUCUUGGGACGUUUCAUGUUGAAGUCAACUGAAAGGUCAUAGCAAUCACUUUGUUACAGUCGGGGCAGUUUACAUUCUGUUCCGAUGCAUUAUUUGGACAUAUUACCAAUAAACAAGCUAGUUUGUGAAAAUAUAACUUAUUUAAUUUAUUGCUUACUGUAUCAACAUUUGGUACUACACUGGAGAACAGGGUCUGCAUACACUGUUCAGCAGUUUGGAAUCAAGUCUCCAAUAUAAAACCAAUUUGGUUGCGGUAGCACAUAAAAGUGUUUAAAAGCUGUGAAUAGGAAUGAAGAAAUGUUUGAUUUGUCCAAAAUGAUGAACGGAGCUGUCGAAGUUUCUGAAUGACUGAGGAAGCUUUACAACACUGAGAAUAAAGUUAUAAUAAAAUGAAUAUCCAGAGCAGCUCUCUAAGCCUAGGUCCCUAUCUUCAGGAGUUCGCAAGUUCAAUCCCUGGUGAUUCCUCAUCCUUGGAGUCCAAACAUCUUAAUUAUUCUUGCUUGCUCUAGGUGAGCAGGCAUGGCCCUCCCUCUUUCCCCGUCACUCAGCUAGCCAGUGUGGGCAUCUUUUAACUGAUGCAUCAGAACUGGUAGAAAGCAUUCUCCUCUAAGCGAGUCAAGCUGUCCAGUGACCAAUAUGGUAAUGGGAGACUGAAAAUGUUUGGUGGCACUUCUUUUGUCUCAGAGGAAGCAUGUGCUAGCCUUCACCCACACAGGGUGCUAGCAUUGUGUGAAGGGUGGGAGACCUAGCUAGCGGGGGGAAUUGGCUACAACUAAAUUGGGUUAAAAAAAGAAUCCAGAAUUAAUCAUAUUUUAAAAGUGGAGAUCCAAUCUCAAGGAAGAGAAGUUGACAAAGAAGUGUGAAUAGAUCAUUACAGUAUACUAUUUAUCGUUUUAAAUAACUUCCUUUUUUUACCCAAUUCCAGUAACAAAUGUGUUUCCAAAGUGAUUCCAAACUUUUGAACAGUGUACCUACAUUAAAACUGGAAGCAACACACAACGCCAAGGCUAUCAAAAGAUAAUACUAAGCAGCCGUGGCACCAUUACCCCGUAUGAAAGUGAGUGAAAGAGUAACAUUAUGUAAAAGAACAAGGGCCUGGAGAUGGAAGAAAAACAAGAAAAAUCCUUUUGGAAAUCUUUGGCCUAAAACAUUCAGGACAAUAGUUUUUGAAGCAGAGUCAGUUUAGCUGUUAUAUUUAUCAGCUUGUUGCUUCUUUGAUGUGGUACACUCGACAAUAUGUAAAUUUAUGUCAGGAAACAAAACCCAUUUUCUGGAAGAAUUCAAAUGAUUUAAAAAUGUUGAUGCUCACAGUAUAUUAUAAUCUAUGAAUAUAUAAUGUAGCAUAUGGACAUAGUAAAAGGUCAUAACACUAAAUGAAAAUAGUAAUAAACAGCUCCAAAACACUGUACUAAGCAGACUUUAUAGAGGCUUUUUGGGAUUAAAUUAGUUCAGUAGUGUCAAUAAAUGUGAACACUAUGAUAGCUAUCAGUUUGUGAGCAAUUGAAUGUGACCUUAUUUCAGGUUCUCUCUAUUAUCUUCCCAAAGUUGGUUUACAUAUUAUAAAUCUCAUUGCUGUUGGUAGGAAACUUAAAGGGGGAGACAUGCUGAAAUUGUUGGGACUGACAUGUUGCAAUGGUCAUUUGUAGUACCUCAGCUACACCGCACCAAUGACUGACUCAGAAAUGAAUAAAAUAAUGAUGACUAUUUUCCAGCAUGGAUCAGCCCCCCCUUUAUGAUAACGGUGGAUAUUUAUAGUAGGAAGAUGCUGUUAGUAUGUACUUUUGAAGAAAUGGAUGUGUGGAAAUGUGUGUAAUUUGUGUCUAUAUUUUGGCCUGUAUUAUCUGUAUUAUGGAAAGAAGAACAGAAACAAAAUGUGAGAGAGUACAGAAUUCAAAUUAUGAUUAUUGUCUCCAAAUAGUGUGUUUUAACUUCUUAAUAAAUACUUUUAACAGGGGCAUUAAAAUAGUUUUUGUUACUUUAUAUUAAAACCAUGUCUGGAAGAACAUUACAUUGAUGUUAUACUAAAUGAAAUGAAUUAAUGUUAAAAAAUAAACUGACCAUGUAUUUUC